ACAUUAUUUAUUUACUUUAUUCCAUUUCCACUGAGAACCAAAAAAGGUUUUUUUCCAGAAAAACAUAUCAUUGGUGAUGAAAAUGUUCAAAUUGUGUCGUAAUAUUCUUAUAAAUGGAUCAAAAUUUCGAAUUUUACCAACAUCAAAUUUGGGAAUAUCAAUUAAUUCUGACAGAAUUCAUCAAACAUUCAAUUCAUCGUUUAUGACGACCAUUCGACGACAAACUUUUUGUGCUGAAUCGCAUCAUCAUCAAUCAAAAAGUGAACAAACACUGUUGCAUGAAUUACCGAAUGUUUCCACUAUUGAUAAUGUGGCAGAAUUUCCGGGUGCUAAAUCAAAAUUCGUAACCGAUCUUCAUUUUUUUGAUCCGGAUGAUUUUGAAAACAUUCCAGUUUAUCGUGUUAUGAAUCGCAAUGGCCAAGUAUUGGAUGAGAAACAAGAUCCAAAUCUUGAUAAAGAACUCAUGACCAAAAUCUAUAAAGGAAUGACCAUUUUGAAUUCAAUGGAUCGUGUCCUCUAUGAAUCACAACGACAAGGUCGAAUAUCAUUCUAUAUGACCAAUUAUGGUGAAGAAGGAACACAUUUUGGUUCGGCUGCUGCAAUUUCAAAUGAUGAUUUAGCUUUUGGCCAAUAUCGUGAAGCAGGCGUAUUGAUUUGGAGAGGAUUUGAAAUCGAUAAACUAAUGGCACAAUGUUAUGGAAAUAGUGAAGAUUUACAUAAAGGACGAUCAAUGCCUGUUCAUUAUGGAACAAAAGAUCAUUGUUUUGUAUCGAUAUCAUCACCAUUAUCAACACAGAUGCCACAAGCAGUUGGUGCUGCAUAUGCAUUCAAACGACAAAAUCAACAACGAAUUGUCAUUUGUUACUUUGGUGAAGGUGCUGCAUCUGAAGGUGAUUUUCAUGCUGCAAUGAAUUUUGCCGCUACAUUAUCAGCGCCGGUUAUAUUUUUUUGCCGAAAUAAUGGUUAUGCAAUAUCGACACCAACACACGAGCAAUAUCGUGGUGAUGGUAUUGUUUGUCGUGGACCUGCUUACGGUAUACCAUCGAUUCGUGUUGAUGGUAAUGAUGUUUUAGCUGUUUAUAAUGCAACAUUAGCAGCGAAAAAAAUCUGCUUGGAACAAUCACGACCAGUACUAAUCGAAGCAAUGACAUAUCGUAUUGGUCAUCAUUCAACAUCGGAUGAUUCAAGUGCUUAUAGAAGUGUUGAUGAAGUUAGAAGUUGGGAUGAAAAAGAUCACCCGAUAACUCGAUUUCGUAAAUAUCUUGAACAAAAACAAUGGUGGGAUGAUGAUUUGGAGAAAAGUUGGAAAAAUGAAUCCAAACGCCUGGUGAUGACGGCAUUUGUCAAGGCAGAAAAAUUACCUAAACCAAAUUAUAUGGAAAUGUUUGAAGAUGUUUAUGAUAAAAUGCCCGAAUCACUAAUAGAACAAGCUCAAGAACUUAAACAGCAUCUUAAAAUGUAUGGUGGCAAUUACCCUAUUUCUAACUUCAAACAAGAUUGAUUCUAUUAUCAUAAUAAUUGUAAUGUAAAUUCAAUUUUUUCUGUUUAAAAUAAAUAAACAAUAAGAAUAACACACAAAAA